AUGCCCCCGGCCCAGGGCGAGGACGGAGUGCAGGCUUGCCUCACCCCCGGGCAGCGGCCCGCUGUGCCCACGACGCCCCUCCGAGGUCAGUGCCUGCUGAGGAGGCGGUGUCACGUCGCGCUGUCCAGACGGCGGCAGGACCAGCAAAUCCUGCGGCCAGGGGUCACAAAUCGGUACUUCCAGGAUUGGUCUGCUCUACAGAUAUAUUUUUUGUUUUUAUGCCUUUCAGUUCUUGCCCAAAGAGGUUACUUCAAAGACAAAGCUUUUGUUAAUUAUCUUAAGUACUUGCUUUACUGGAAAGAACCAGAAUAUGCCAAGUAUCUAAAGUACCCGCAGUGUCUGCACAUGCUCGAGCUGCUGCAGUACGAGCACUUCCGCAAGGAGCUGGUGAGCGCACAGUGCGCCAAGUUCAUCGACGAGCAGCAGAUCCUGCACUGGCAGCACUACUCCCGGAAGCGGAUGCGCCUCCAGCAGGCCCUGGCGGAGCAGCAGCAGCAGAACCACGCGGCGGGCAAGUGAGAGGCCGCCCCGGCGCCUCCUGACGCGGGGCCCCCUGCGGGGGGCGGCGCCCAGAACUGGAGCGGGCCCUGUGGUCCAACUCACUUUUUAUUGUUAAUAGGUCACUUCUGUCCAACCAGAAUUAUUCUCCUGUGGAUUUGUAAGUUAUUAUUAGUACUUAACCAACUGAAUAAAAACAGAUCAGGUGCUUUAAAUCA